AUGCCUUCUGCGACCUCUUCAUCCCUUGAUAUUAUCGUGAUUGGAGCCGGCCUCGGUGGCUUGGCUGCGGCCAUCUCCUGUGCCCUCGGCGGCCACAACGUGACAGUCCUGGAACAAGCAAGAGAACUGGCAGAGCAAUGGGGCAUUGAUAAGGUUCUCGAACCGUUGGCGGCAGAGCCGACCUUCCUCGCCGUGCACAGGUAUUCUGACGGAAAAGUGCUCGCCUUGCAGCAGGAUUUCGACAAGAAGAUCCGAGCCAAGUAUGGAGCACCCUUUUGGGACUUGCACCGUGUGGAUCUGCAAAAGACACUUGCACAAAGAGCAAAGGAUUUGGGCGUCAAGCUGAGGCUGAACUCCAAGGUAAUCAGUGUGGACUUUGAACAGUCAACUAUACAUCUGGAUGAUGGAACCACAUAUGAGGCAGACCUUUUGGUCGGUGCCGAUGGAUUGUGGUCCAAGUGUAGGGCGCAUUUCCUGAAGCAAUCUGGCAAGGAGGACGCACCGCUCCCGACCGGAGAUCUGGCAUACCGUAUUGUCCUCGAUCUAGAUGAUCUCCAGGAUCCCGAGCUACGGCAAUGGGUGUCGAAACCGGCAUGCCACUUUUGGAUUGGUCCUAGAGCUCAUGUUGUCGCAUACUCUGUUCGCGGUGGCAAGCAGUACAAUAUCGUGCUUCUUGUGCCUGAUAAUCUGCCUCCAGAUGUAUCGAGAUCUUCCGGAGACAUUAGUGAGAUGAGAGAGAUCUUCACCAAAUGGGAUCCUAUCCUGAAUCGUUUCCUUGACAAUGUCAAGACCGUCGACAAGUGGAAGUUGAUGCACCGUCCAGAGUUAGACAGCUGGGGUGCGAACUCGUCAUUGGAGGACGGUGCAGUGCUCGGGAACCUGCUCGCCGUAGUCAAGAGCAAAGAGCAGCUGCCUGAGGCACUACGUCUGUACGAGAACCUGAGAAAGAAGCGUGGUGAAGCCAUUGUUCGCGAGACCUUUGCCCAAAGGAACGACUUCCACAUGAUGGAUGGAGAAGAGCAACGAGCACGCGACGAGCUAUUUGCAGGUCAACUCGGCAAGGAAGAGCCUGAGGUCAAGUUUCCGAGUCGUUGGUGA